CCUCCCAAGAUAUCUCAAAAAGUAUGACAAGCAAAACUUGAUACUGUUUUGCUGACCUUGUUCUAGGUUGUCACUACCAUGUAUCCUGGUAUUACUACUGUUCAGCUUGACAACUUGGCUGCCGAGAUCGCUGCCAACAUGACUGAUAUUCACCCCGAUUACGCCAUUCUCGCUGCCCGUAUCUCUAUCUCGAACCUUCAAAAAGAAACACAUGAAAAAUUCUCGCAAGUAAUGCAAGAACUCUACGACAAUAAACAUCCUAAAUCAGGACUACCAAACCCUAUUAUCUCCAAAUCGUUCCUUGACCUUGUCCUGAAACAUGCUGAAAAAAUCGAUGCUGCUAUUGAUUAUCAACGCGAUUUUAACUUGACUUACUUUGGGUUCAAGACAUUGGAACAAAACUACUUGCUCAAGUUAGGCAAUAAGAUUGUUGAACGUCCUCAACAUUUGCUUAUGCGUGUUGCACUUGCUAUCCAUGGUGAAAAUUUAGACUCAGCAUUCACCACCUAUGACUAUACUUCUCGUCUUUUGUUUAGUUUUGCACCUGCUACACUUUUAAAUGCUGGUACAAACAGUGGCCAACUUUCAAGUGCUUUUGAAGUGCAAAUGAAAGAUGAUAGCAUUGAAGGUAUCUAUGAUACUGUCGCCACUUGUGCCCGUGUUGCCAAAUCCUCUGGAUCUGUUGGUAUGAGUUUCCAAAAGAUUCGUGCUUCUGGUUCAUACAUUGCUGGUACUAACGGUACCUCAAACGGUAUUAUCCCUAUGUUGCGUGUGUUCAAUGAUGCUGCUCGCUUCAUUACUCCUGGAGCCAAAAAGGUCAAGGGCACUUAUUCAGUCUACUUGGAACCAUGGCAUCCUGAUAUCUUUGAGUUUAUUGAUUUGUCCAAGCACAAUGGUGAAGAAAACCUUCGUGCUCGCCAUCUCUUACUUGGUCUUUGGAUUCCUGAUAUCUUUAUGAAGCGUGUUGAGGAAAAUGGUGAAUGGUCUUUAAUGUGUCCUAAUGAAUGUCCUGGUUUAGACACUUCCUUUGGCAAAGCUUUUGAAGAACGCUAUCUUGAAUAUGAAAGACUAGGCAAAGUAAGAAAGACAGUGCCUGCUCAAAAGCUCUGGUUCUCCCUUUUAGAUGCCCAGAUGGAAAGCGGUAUGCCUUUUAUGUGCUACAAGGAUGCUGCUAAUGAAAAGAGCAACCAAAAAAACCUUGGUGUGAUUUCUGGCUCUAGUCUUCAUCCUGCCACUAUGCAAUAUGCUGAUUCUGAAGAAAUUGGUUCUGCCAAUGUCGCUUCUGUCUCUCUUCCAAAGUGUGUCAAUCAAGACCAUACCUUUAACUUUGACAUUUUGCAAGAUAUUGUUAAAGUGGCUAUCAAGAACUUGGAUAAGAUGAUUGAUGUGAACAAGUACGCAUUAGAAGAAGCUAAGAAGGGUGGAUUUGCCCAUCGAGGUGUUGCUUUAGGUGUCCAAGGCUUAGCUGAUGUUUUCUUGAGAAUGCAACAUCCCUUUGAUUCUCUUGAAGCACGUCAAUUGAACAAGGAUAUCUUUGAAACUAUUUACUUUGCUGCUCUUCAGGCUUCAAAUGAACUUGCUCAACAGUCUGGACCUUAUCCUUCUUACAAGGAUUCUCCUGCUAGCCAAGGCAUUCUUCAGCAUGAUUUGUGGCAAGUUGAUGAUUCUGAUCGUCUUGAUUGGGCUGGUUUGCGUGCAAGCAUCAAGUCUCAUGGUAUCCGUAACUCUGUCUUACUUGCUAUCAUGCCAACAACCCCCAUUAGCCAGAUCCUUGGCAACAAUGAUAGUAUUGAACCCUCCCAAAGUAUGGUGUUUGUUCACCGCGGCACAACAGGAGAAAUUCAGUCUGUUAACCCUUACUUGCUCAAACAUUUGACCGAACGUGGUUUAUGGGAUCCAAAGAUGAAAGAUAUGCUCAUCCGAGCCAAUGGUUCUAUUCAAAAGAUUCCUUCUAUUCCUGAAGAUCUCAAGAACUUGUUCAAGACUGUCUGGGAAUUGUCUCAACGUGCCAUUAUUGAUAUGGCUGUUGACCGUGCUGCUUUUGUAGAUCAAUCUCAAUCACUCAACUUGUUUUCUGUUGACCCCAACUAUAGUCGAAUGUCUUCUAUGCAUUUCUACUCUUGGAAGAAGGGUUUGAAGACGGGUAUGCAGUUCCUCAAGUCAAAUCCUUCAGAUACUACACGCUUAGUUGUUUCACAAGAGACUAAGGAAACUGUCGAAGAAGAAGUAGAGAAUGUGACUGAUGGUAUGACUGCUAUUGCCUGUUCUCUUGACAACCCUGAUGCUUGUGUAAGCUGUAGUGGUUAAGAACCAAAAAAAAAAAAAAAAAAUCUGUAUAAACAAUGAUCUUUAUUUACAAUA